AGUUAUAAAAACAUUAGGUGUAUUGAAAUGGCGAUCACUUACGCGCAGGGGAGCGUUAGAUGACGCACAAUUGUUAAACCGAAUAAUUUUCAAAAUAUAUUGCAGAAGCCUAAAAAUUAGCACUGCACAGAAGAGUGAAACAUUUCAUUCGCAGGCCGAAUGGACGAAGUUGGAAUGUGAUCAAUAAUCUUGCACUUUGACAGAGAAUCAACUCAUAAAUUCAGGAUGACAUCUUCAUCGUCCAUUGUUAAUAAAACAGAAGCCAUGGAGAUGGUGCGCAAACACAUGGAAAAACGGUCGCUUGAUGUUAAGUUUGAUUUAGAAGGAACUAAAUAUAAGCCAAUCGAAAAUAUUGGUAUUGGAGCCUAUGGUGUAGUGUGCUCUGCCAUCCAUAAGAAAUCAAAAGACAGGGUAGCCAUUAAAAAGAUUCCAAAUGUGUUUGAUGUGUUAGUGAUUGCCAAAAGAACUCAUCGAGAAAUCAAAAUAUUAAAACAUUUCAAACAUGAUAAUAUUAUUUGUAUUCGUGAAAUAUUGAAACCAAAGGAAGACUUCAAGGAUUUUCGCGAUAUUUAUGUUGUGUUUGAUUUGAUGGAGAGCGACCUACAUAAAAUAAUUUAUUCUGACCAGGAACUAAGUGAGGAACAUUCGAGAUAUUUUUUAUAUCAGAUAUUACGAGGAUUAAAAUACAUUCAUUCUGCGAAAGUUGUUCAUCGGGAUCUGAAACCUGGAAAUAUUUUGGUGAAUGAAGAUUGUCAUGUCAGGAUUGGAGAUUUUGGAAUGUCCAGAGGAGUAUUUGCAUCACCAGAAGAACCAUCACAUUUUAUGACACAAUAUGUUGCUACAAGAUGGUACCGUGCUCCUGAAAUUCUCUUGUCUUUGAUAGAAUAUGGUACCGCUGUAGACAUGUGGUCUGUUGGGUGUAUUUUUGCUGAAAUGUUGGGUAGAAAGCAUCUUUUUCCAGGAAAAGACUAUAUCUCACAGAUUAAACUGAUUAUUGGUGUGCUUGGUUCUCCAUCUACCGCUGUAUUUAAACGCUGUCAAAAUGAAGUCAUCAGAAAAAUGUUAAGAACUAUAGGUCAUAAGGAGGCCAUACCAUGGACGACAUUGUUUCCUAAAGCUAGUAAAAACGCUAUGGAUUUAUUAUCGAAGAUGUUAGUAUUGAAUCCAACACAGAGAAUUACUGUAGUUGAUGCCAUGAAGCAUCCAUAUUUAUCUAAAUAUCACGAUCCAGAUGAUGAACCAGUUUGUGUUCCAGUGUUUAAAUUUGAUUUUGAAAAAGAGUAUAUGGAUAAAGACAAACUUCGAGAGGUUAUUUAUGGUGAAAUAAUGGAGUUUCACAAACCUCGAACACCUACUUUAAGUUUUAAUGCCUUCAUACGACCAGCGCCCAAAGAAACUAAUGAAGUCAAUGUCAUUAAAACCAAUAUGCUACCUAGUACCCAAAUUCCUGAAAAAACAACGAAUGCAGACCUAAAACCUGAAAAGUCUUCACCAUUAGUUGACUCAAAUACAGUUUUUCCUAAACCAGAGAAAUCGCCACCCUCUGUAGAAGUGAAUAAUCUUAAUGUUACCCAUCCAUCGGACGUUGAGAUGCUCAGCGCAAAAUAUUCCACAGAUAGUAAGACCAUGGAGAUCCAAAGCUCUGGAGUUCCACAAACUUCAAUUUUAGAUAAAGAGAAUAAAACUGUAAAUGACUCUAAAACGAUCUCAGAUGACACAAAAGCCUUGGUCAAAAAAGCCUUGUUAAGUUGUCAAAUGCGUCAAAAACGAGAUUCUGUGAGUGACAAGGAUGAUAAACCAAAAGUUGUGACGGCUGCUAUGAGACAGAAAGAAAGAGAAGAUAGAAGAAAAAUAAAGAAGAAUAAAGCCUUAAAACUUAAAAAAAUGAAAGGUCUGAAAGAUCGUAAAUCUGAUGAGGUAAUAUUAUCUGAUGCUGACAAGGAAAUGUUAAAAAGAUGGUCGUGUAUGCACAAGAGAUCUGAUCAACCUAUACAGAUACAACCAAAACCUCCUGCAACAACCACAGUUCAAUUCCCUGUUGUCAAUCAUAAACCAGAAAGGGAGAUCACCCCACCAAAUCAAGUAGAAACAGAAGUCAAACACAGUCCACCCCAAACAUACGAUCCUGGAGCAAAGCAAAAUGACAGCACAAAUAAAACAUCUCAAAGUAAUCAAAUUCCAAUAAAUCCGAACUCGGUUAUACAAAUGGUGCCAGGAAGUGAACAGAUAUAUGAACAAUCAUUUGCAAAUAGAAGUCAAGUUACAACCAAUGUUCAAGAAGCAAAUUCACAAUUCAGCAACAAUUUUACCACUGGGUUUGAUCAAAACAAGCUACCAGCAAACAGUAACACCCAAUUUACUCCUGGAACGCAAAUGGCUGCUCCCAUGCAAUUUAAUCCAACAUCAUCAACCGGCCAAUCAAAUGUUAUGCUACAAAACCCAAACUAUUCUGUCAGUCAGCCUAAUCCAAACCUUGGUUAUGCUACCCAAUCAAACACCACCGAUCACAGCAGUUUCACUGAUUCAAGUUUCAAUACAUCUGGACACUCAACUGUCAGUUACGAAUCAGACCCCAGUUUUACUUCCCUUAAUUCAGAUAACAUUGACUUGAUGUCUUUAUCAAAAGAUCUUCAGUCUUCUAUUAAAACCAGUUUACAUCCAUCACUAGACAUCCCACAGUCUACACAAAACUUUACGCAACAUUCAACGAACAUGAUGAAUCAAGUUAAACAAGAUUCAAAUAUCGGGUUUUCGUAUAAUACAAACCCCCAUUCCAUCAUAACCCAUCCUCAUCACACAUCCCAAUCUCAACCCAUGCCACAACAGAAUGUUUCUAAUAAUUAUAGUCAAAGUGAUCAGUUUAAUGUUUCUGGUUCAGCUGAUCAUUUUAGACAAAAUUAUUUUGAUCCGCAGCAAAUCACUAAUGAGAAUCCAUUCUUUGGAAAUGUUAAUCAAGCCAAUCAUCCAGCCCAAUCUGAUCAAGCAACUCAUCAUAGUCAUCCAAUCCACUCAAACUAUCCAAGCACUUCAACAUCAGAACAGCAACCUAACUGGAACUCUGAGGGUCCAUCAACCAGUCAAACUUUGCCUUACAGAUCCAAAGUGCCAGAUCUUAAAGUAGACUGCUCUUCUCCCAAGAAACAACUUUCUCCACCCGACCAAAGUCAUGGUGGUCAGCCAGAUUGGAUAGCAUUACUGAGUAAACAGAUGUCAAAGUCUUUAUUGGAGAAUAUUCUACCACCAGCACUGUCAUUAACUCCUCGAGGUACUGGAGCAGGAUAUGGUGUGGGCAUGGAUCUGGAUUCACUGUUAGUUGAAGCCCAGGAAUCAGCACCGAAUAGUGAUCUACAAAGUCCGCUGUCCUCAUCGCUUCUAGCUGAUUGGUUAGAGGUUAGUGGAGGAAAUAUAACUUUAGCUGAUCUGGAAGAUUUUGAACAAGAAAUGGCCACUCAAUCCCCAAUGCCAUAUAAUCAACUCUAUCCACCUUAGACCAUGGAUGUCCAAUUGAAUAUGAAGUGACAGUAACCAAAUAGGAUAUUCAGGCGCUUAUAAUUAAACUAAUUCAAAAACUCUUGUCUUUUUUAAACUGGUGAAGUGUGGCGUUUACAAGCCAAACUAGUUUUUACUAUUUUGAUCUCGUCUGUUAAAGUUAUAAGCCUGUUAAAGUUUUAAGCCAACACCUUCAGAAGCCCAAGAUAAGCCAGAUUUUAUGAAAAACCUUCUCAAAGAUAGGCUGUUAUUUUAAAACUGGAUUAUUUGCUCCACCUUUGCACUCAGGCCACAAAUUUUAACUAGUUUUAAGAUCACCUGUGUUUUUAGACCAGUAUUAAGCGUUUCGAAAUCUAAAGAUAAACUACCCAUCAAAAGUGAUUUUUGAUAUAACAGACCUGAAUAGUUUUUAAUGACAAAUGGAACAUGCCACCAUCUGUUCUGUUUGUGAAGCUGGAACCAUCUUUUAUGAAUCUAGUCACUUAGUGAUUGCAUAUUGAUGUAUGUUCAUGGACCAGUAACAAUAUAUACAUGUACACAUAUUAGAUAAGCUUAAAUCAAGUGUAUUCCAUGUUAUUGUAAAUUUAAAUCAGAAUCAAAAAGUGAUGGGUACGGUAAAUGAUGUCUUUCAGCUUCUGGAUUUAGAUGUUUGGUUGUGAAGAUUCCAAAUAGUAUGAAUUGUGAGCUGCUGUGGGCGUAUGUUUUGUUGUCUGACAACCUAUCUUUGUGUUUGACUCUAAAUAUUUAUAUAAAAAUAAUAUUUGGUAUAUAUUUUGUAAAUCAUCAAUAUGUUGUUAGGUGGGUUAUUAUAUUGUUUAAUUUAUAAUGUAAAAAGCCAUUGUAUGUUUAUUGUACAUACAUAUGUAAUAAAAUUAUUUGUUAUACAUAGAUAA